AGUCUUUGGUUUCCACUUUCCUCCGGUCGUCUGCUGUAUUGCACAAUUUGUAGUUUUUAAUAGGUUAUAACUAAGUUUAUUAAAUAAUUUCAUCAGACUUGGAAGAAUCUGAAUUACAAUGGCUCAAAGUAAGUUAAACGAUAUGGCCGGUAAAUUUGCUAAGGGUGGACCACCUGGAUUAGGCAUUGGCCUGAAAGUUGCAGCCGUACUCGGUGCUGCGGCUUACGGAGUUUCACAGUCUUUAUUUACCGUGGAGGGUGGUCAUCGUGCCAUAAUGUUCAAUAGAAUCGGUGGUGUGCAACAAGAGGUGAUGGCGGAAGGUCUUCAUUUCCGAAUUCCGUGGUUCCAGUAUCCCAUUAUUUAUGACAUCCGCUCGAGACCCCGAAAGAUCUCCUCGCCUACAGGCUCAAAGGAUUUGCAAAUGGUCAACAUUUCUUUGAGAGUUCUCUCGCGUCCAGAUGCUCAGCACUUGGCAGUUAUGUACAGGCAGUUGGGAUUGGAUUACGAUGAAAAAGUAUUGCCUUCCAUUUGCAACGAGGUACUAAAGUCUGUUGUAGCCAAGUUUAACGCAUCACAGUUGAUCACUCAGCGUCAACAAGUUUCCCUGCUAAUCCGAAGAGAGCUGGUCGAAAGAGCGGCAGAUUUCAAUAUAAUCCUAGAUGAUGUGUCCCUGACUGAACUGAGUUUUGGUAAGGAGUAUACUGCUGCCGUUGAAGCUAAACAGGUGGCCCAGCAGGAGGCUCAGCGAGCUGCUUUCGUAGUUGAAAGAGCCAAACAGGAGCGCCAGCAAAAAAUUGUGCAGGCCGAGGGAGAAGCAGAGGCCGCUGAGAUGUUGGGAAAAGCUAUGGGCAUGAGUCCCGGUUACCUUAAGCUGCGUAAAAUCAGAGCCGCCCAAAGCAUUUCAAGAAUGAUUGCCCAGUCACAGAACAGAGUAUUCCUUCCUGGCAACAGCUUGAUGAUCAAUCUUCAGGAUCCCACCUUUGAUGACCUUUCAGAGAAAUUGGCAAAGAAGAAGUAACAUGAGGCCGAGAAAGAGUAUGCUGCAAGCCUGGAGACUGCGCCUACUCUUUCUUCCCAAGAAACUGCUGUUUUAAUUACUGGCGCUGCUUCAGUUGCUAUUUAGCUACUCUAUAAGUGUAUAAAUAAUAUGAUGUCUGUUAAAUGCAUUUCGCGUUAUAUAGUUGUAGGAUUUUAGUAUGUAUGGGUGAAUAUUAUAAUAAAAAACAUAAAAACCUUA